UGAAGGAGCCACAGCAGACUGAUAAGGUCAUCUCUCUGUUCUCUCCUAGUCUGAGCUGUGUUGUACAGGGGAUUACAAGAGGAUGGAAUCCAAUCGAACUCAGAUCGAAUGAAUUUGAUAUGAUAAAGACGUUAUGGACGUAGAGUCGGCUUACGGCGAAUUUAUAUCGUGUGACCGAACGGGCAGACGCAACGCAGUGCCUGACAUCAAGGGGCAAUGCAGCUCAACGGGGGUGAGAGACCUUUCAGAGGACAUAGGAGACCUGUCCAUUCAAGGAGCAGAAGGACAAGCACAGGCAGCAUCUUCAGACACCGGGCAGGAGCAGAGCCCGAAAGCACAAGAUGGUAGCUCACCGUCAUGAAUUACUUAUGUCUUGCAGACAUCCAUACUGACUUUCCUACAGAAAGAGACCAUUGUGAACAAGCACCAAACGGUUUCUAUGGGGCUCCAGUCUGAACAGUACACUGGAUUCCGCGAUUUCAGCUCACGCACAUGCCCACGAAUGUAAAAUCGGGAUGCAUGACUCCAAUCUGCCACCUUGUGGCCAAACUUGCUCAUUGCAUCUUUUUCAGUCUCCGCCUGACCAAAACUUGCCUUAGUGAUUUUAGCCCUUUAUAGAAACAUAAAAACGAUAUGCAAAUACAUAAACCCGACGCGUGAGAUUUUGAUGACGGUACUGCCCACUUACUCUUUGUAUUUUCUAGGGAAGCAGAUAUUUAUUGUAAAACUUCAGAAAGCAAUUUAUUUGCCUACUCCUAAACAGUUUGGGUGACCCACUGCCAUAAAACAAUGGAGGACAGCCAAGGUACAGUGUGGCGUUAUGACGUGACUUUUGAGCAAUGCCUUACGGAACCAGAACGGACCAAACUGUGUACUGACACCAGGUACAAAUGUCCUGUGUAUAUUACCAACUGCCAACACUACGAUUUUUUUGGGGUUAUUUUCCUCUUCAAUCCACAUUUUAUUGCUAUAUCUGGUGUAGAGUUUGUUUGCUCUACAUAGAAUGGAUGGUUAAUACUUACAUGAAAAAUGGUGUGUUUUUUUUUUUUAAACCUUUUUCUUUCAUUUUGAAAAGUACACUUCUUUUCUUCCAGUUAUGAUUUUGUGUGAAUGAAUAAACACCAUGAAAACAUUAA